GAUCUAACAAUUUAAUGCAUGUGCUAUGAUUUAAUGUAGACAAACCAAAGAAGUAAUUGUCUAAAGCUUUAGUUCUACUUCGAUUUUAUUAUCUUGUUGAUAACCUUUUCGUACGGCAGGAGUCGUAUUACUAAAACAAUAGCAUCCCAUUAUGCUGGUCAAGUGUCACGUUUUAUCUAAUUGAAAAAUCAAUUGUAAAAAAACUGUCUAUAAAACCAGCUGGCAUAGAGAGUAUUAUGGCAAAAGAAUCGACACGGAGGGACAAACAGCAUGAAUUUUCUCACAACAAUCGUGCUGGCUAUGGUGAUUUCAAUCACAAGAUCACAAACUGUUUGUACCGGUUCGGAUGGGGAUCACCCUAUAGACGAUGUAUGGACGGAAACCAUGAAUCCACCUGGCAUUGAUGGAACGUGUCACUGUGAUGAAUAUAAAGACCACUGGAUAGACAUUGGGGAUUGCCCUGGGUCCGCUCGUCAAUGUGACGCUGCUACCAAAUAUUGCGUUUGGAAAGGUUGUAAGAAAUCUGGCAGACCUAGCGAACAAUACUACAAACCAGGUUAUGUGUAUGUCGUCGGUCUGUCUACGUGUACAUGUAAGAGCGUAAAUGACAUGGCAGAACCUCCAGCGAACCAAGGUGAUUUGUAUCCGGAAGAGUACAACUGGCACUGUGUAUCUAGUGGAGGUCCCCCACCUCCACAAACCCGAUAAUUAUAUUUUGAUGUCAUUU